UAUUGUUAUUGUAAAACGUUUUCGAGAUUUUAGUAAUGCAAUAAUAGGGGAAGGAGGUAGUUGAUCCCGAUUGCCUCGUAAAUUUGAAUAAACUUAGGAUCUGAUUGAUAUAGCAUGAAAGUAACUUAUAAAUAGAGUGGAUUAUCUGGCUUUGUUAAAAUUUCGUUCUUUAGAUUUUCUCUAAGUUAUACAGAAGUACCAAGAAAGUAAUAAACAAUGGUUAAAUUCUUGACAGUCGCUACUGGUUUCUCAAUCCUUGCUAGCUUAGUUCAAGCUGCGCCAAGAAGUUACUCCAGCACUAAGAAAUCAGGAUUUGUAUUCAACACGGAUCCUGAAUACAGCGUUGUCAGUUGUGAUAACUUUGUAUAUGGACCUUACAGUUCGUGGUCAUGUCACAAUGCUACUGCUAUACCAGCCUACGAUUCUUGUUGUUUUGAAAACUGGGGUAUUCUCAUGUCAACUCAAUUCUGGGACUUCAAUCAAACUUUAUUAGAUGUUGUCAAUGCCAAUGAUUCAAAUGUAAUCGAUGAGCUCGAAGAAUAUUAUACUGCUAUUCAAUAUGCUCAAGGUGAUCCUAGAACAACUUUCACUAUUCAUGGUUUAUGGAAUGACUUAUGUGAUGGAUCCUACAAUCAAUACUGUAAUUCAUCCUUGGAAAUCAGUGAUGCAAAUGAUAAUAUCACUCAUGUUAUUGUGGAUACUUUUGAUGAACCAGAGUUAUUUGAUACAAUGAUCAAGUAUUGGGUCAAUAAUGUUAUUUCAAAUGUUCCAAAUGGUGGUUCGAUCUCACUUUGGGAACAUGAAUACAAUAAGCAUGGAACUUGUAUGAAUACUUUAUUACCAGAAUGCUUCACCGGAGAAUAUACCAAGUUCGAAAACACAGUUCAAUUCUACAAGAAGGUUGUAGAGAUUUGGAAGACUUAUCCAACCUAUCAAUUUUUAUUAGCUGAAGGUAUUGUUCCUACUCUUAAGAAACAAUAUGAAUUAAGAGAUGUGCAAAAGGCUUUAGCUGAUAACAAUGAUGGUUUCCAAGUCUAUGUCGGAUGUAUCAAUGGAACCAUUGAUGAAAUCUGGUACUACAACAACUUGAAGGGUAAUGUGUUGACUGGUGAAUAUAGACCAAUCGAUACUUUGACUAAUUCAACCUGUCCAGACAAAGUUUGGUACUUGCCAAAGUAAGCGCUUUCAAGUAGCACUAAAAGUUUUCUUAUAGUUUCCACUUUUUUACUAGAUCUUAAUUUUUCUAUCAGUCUGAUAGGUUAAUCGUUACUAUGUUUUGAAUAAAAUUUCUGUUAUUUAUAGUUUUAAUAUAUUUGCUUUCGAAAACUUUGCAGCAAAAGAAAUAUUUUUU